AUGGCUUCCUCGACGGUGGUUGAAUACGAGUUUGGUGGACCCCUAGGAGCCGCUGCCAUCACCAUUGGCCUACCUUUGCUCCUGUACUUCUUUGCCUUCGGCUGUAACGAUGUAUCAGGCUGUCCUGUGCCUUCGCUGUUGAGCCCUCGUACUUUCACUUGGGAGAAAUGGACCGCGGAGACCGGGUGGCCUGAAGGUGGAAUAUGGGGGCUCUUCGACUGGAAAGUGACCGGUGCAGUGCUGGCAUACUAUUUCUUUAUCUUGCUUCUUUGGAGGCUCCUCCCAGCACAAAAGGUUCAUGGAACUAAACUGGUCCAUCAUGGCCGUCCGCUUGAAUAUCGCAUGAAUGCGUUCCCGACCAGCGUUGUCGUUUUUGCUCUCUGUGCAAUUGGCACAUACUUCAAAGGCGCCGACUUCGCUGUAUGGACGUAUAUUGCAGAUCACUAUGUGCAGAUGUUGACGGCCAAUUUAUUGAUAUCAUUUGCACUCGCCACCUACCUCUACAUCCGCAGCUUCGGCGUGGACACCAAUUACCCCAAUAGAGAUCUUCGCGAACUAGCAGCCGGCGGGAAGACAGGCAACGUUAUCUACGAUUUCUACAUUGGUCGGGAAUUGAACCCCCGUGUCACUCUUCCAUUCUUCGGGGAGAUCGACAUCAAGACUUGGUGCGAGAUGUAUCCUGGCUUGACCGGCUGGAUCCUGCUUGAUCUUGCCUUUGUCGCCAAGCAGUAUCGCACUUAUGGCUAUGCCUCCGACAGUAUUCUGUUGAUCGCCUUCUUCCAGGGAUUUUACGUGCUCAACAGCCAUUACAAUGAAUUAGGGCUUCUGGUUAUGAUGGAUACCACCACUGAUGGCAUGGGAUUUAUGCUCUCCUUUGGCGAUCUUCUCUGGGUGCCCUUUCUAUACUCAACACAAUGCCGUUAUUUGGCUGUCUACCCUUUGCAGCUGGGGUGGUUCAAUGUCGCAGCUGUGAGCGCCGUCUUUGCCCUGGGACUGUACAUCUUCCGGGCCGCAAACGACCAGAAGCACAUGUUCCGCACGCACCCCAACAAUCCGAGUGUGGCAGGCCUGUCGUACAUUCAAACUAAGCGCGGAACUAGACUGCUCACAGCUGGAUGGUGGGGGAUGUCUCGGCAUAUCAACUACUUUGGGGACUGGCUACAAGCAUUGCCCUUCAGUUUGCCUACGGGAAUGGCAGGAUAUCUGAUUUACCCGGCAGGGAGUCUUGUGGCUGCCUCACAGAGCUUCCAGAUGACAGACGGGCGCAAGGUCGUCCAGGGUGAAGCCCAAGGUUGGGGAAUAAUCUUCACCUAUUUCUACGUACUGUACUUUGCAAUCCUGUUGAUGCAUCGGGAACGCAGAGACGAUGCUAUGUGUGCGGCAAAGUAUGGCGAAGACUGGGAGAAGUACCGGCGGGCGGUCCGGUGGAGAAUCCUCCCCUGGGUUUACUAG